AUGUGCCAAGUCAACACGGACCCUAUGAAGAGCCAGAGUGCAUACCUGGAAGUGGUGAUACCACCAGACAUCAUCUACGAAGACACUUCUGGUGACAUGAUGGUUCCGGAAGGCAGCUCGGCGAAGUUGAUCUGCAAAGCCAGGGGGUUCCCCCCGCCGAAGGUGACCUGGAGGCGGGAGGAUGGUGGCGAAAUAAUCCUCCGUUCUUCCACCACCGGCCACAAGUCCAAAGUGAGCAUAGUGGAAGGGGAGACAUUAAUCCUGAGCAAGGUGACCCGCUCGGAGAUGGGAGUCUACAUGUGCAUCGCCAGUAAUGGAGUCCCUCCCACCGUAUCCAAGAGACUCAUGCUUCAUGUCCACUUUCACCCCCAGAUCCAAGUUCCGAACCAGCUGGUUGGAGCGCCUCAGGGAACUGACGUCACUCUUGCCUGUAGCGUAGAAGCAUCUCCUAAACCUAUCAAUUACUGGACUAGAAAUUCAGGUAAUUAA